AUGCCUCGUGGCUGGCACCAUGAGCAAGGCCCUCGUCAUCCCAUUCGGGCAGCAGCCAGUUACGCCACUGCGCACCCUUGGCAGCUGGUGGACUGUGCUUCUAAUGGGGUCACGUACACCCCGCUUGUGGAUCCCUGGAUUGAGCAGCUGUGCUGUGGGGACUCUGAGUGCAUCCGCACAGCUGUGGAGCAGAAGAUUGUAGCGAGCAGCGCCCCUGGUGGUGAGCCCGCAGAGAGGGGCCUUCCCGUUGCACGCCUGCCCAUCCUGCAGCCCCACGGGGUGGUUUGGGUACCGGGCGCUGACCCAGGCACCUUUGACAGCUCCCCAUGGCUGCUGGACCGCUUUCUGGCCCAGCUGGGAGAUGACACAUCGUUCUGCUUCAAGCACUACCAGGAUAGCCUCAGCUGAGUCUGCGACAUUCUUGUAUGGACGGGCUGGGUCUGGGCCUGGGCUGCCUGCUACCUCAAUGCCGGCCUGCCUACGCUUGACGAUUACAAGCUCUUCUGCCAGGAUCUUGAGGAGGUGAUCCAAGACCCACACAGUUUUGCGGAGUACCGUGCUGCAGUGCCCUGGGCCCUACCCCUACCCCUGGCCUUGAGCCAGCCGCCAGUGGCCCCGCGGCUGCCUGCGGUAAGGCAGUUAGCUCGAUUCUCAGAAGCCCUGGCUUUCAACAUGGGUGCUCCUCCUGGGCCUGUCCCAGCCGCUUUGGCCACCCCUGCUGUUUUUGCUUCUAACUCAGCAUCCAGAAAUGCUCUGCCUGAGCAGCAGCUGGCCAAGAAAAACAGCCCUGGGCCCGUGGAGCACCCUGCCUUGUCCGAUUCUGCAGGUGGCACCGAUUCCAUUCCUGUGGGACCCACCUCCCAGCUAGAGGAGAUAGCCCCUGUACUUCCAGAAUCUGCUAAGCCCCUUGCACAGCAUCCACAUCACCCAGGGGGUCCAGCACCACAGAAGACAGGAGGUUUCUGAGAGCAGGGAAACCUGGACGCAUCCUUAGGUUCCACACAAGAGGCAGUGGAUGCUCUGGAGACCCCAGGAGAACUAUCGUUAUCUACUGUUCCCAAACCGGCAGCCCUGGACUAUGAACAUGGCCCAGGCGGGUGCAGCACUAGCCCUCAAGAUAAAGUGGCCUACUUAACCAAGGAGUCCCCUGGCCCCGGCAGGACAGAGUGACAUUGCCAUAUGACUCCAGACAUGUGGAGCCCUAAUGCUGCUGGGGUGUUGCACUAUCUGCUGGCCCUGCUCCUAGGUGAGGAGUUGCACUUGUUUGGGGCCCUGCCC